AUGUUUUUGAGAAGUCUGAGACCUUGGGGCAAAAUGCCUGGUCGGAACUCUCUCAUAAUUCCGCGUGUGGAUCUUACUUUUGCUCGUACUGCUGCUCGGAGCUCUGGCAAACCCGAAUUUCGCUUCAAGACGAGAAAAGUUAAAACUCCUGAACAGCUUAGAGCAGAGGAGGAACAGAAGAAAUACGAAGAAGCCGUCAACUCAGGCUCCUGGAUCAGAAAAUAUGGUGCCAUUGUGGACACGUUUGAGUUUAAUAGAAAGGCCACCAAGUACUACCUUGCGCUGUAUCUGGUGUUUUUCGUUUACGGCAUAAGGUAUUUCCGCAAGCUGUAUGAGAGAGAUGUGGAGAAGAAGGAACUGCUGGAGAAAAGAGACUCUGGUGCAGAGCUUAGUGAAUGGGAGAAGCUGAGAUUACGCGAGCUGAGUGGGGACCUGAUUCGGACGUCGGAUAUGGCCAAAUUGAAAGCAUAUCACGAACUCAGAGAGGAAUGGAAGAAGACACAUACUUCGCCAGAAGACUACUUCAAUCCGGCGCCUAAGGAAAUUGAGCAUCUCUUAGAUACCUCUUACGAAGAAUGCAUUCUUCCUGCAAAGGACUUGACAGAAUUCUAUGACAACGUUGCGGAGAAGUACGACAGCGAAAUUUCUACCGAGGAGAUGUUGUCGUUCAUGGGAUCAAAGCGGAAAUGGCUUAUGAGCCACUGCAAGGGAGACGUUUUGGAAGUUGCGUGUGGAACGGGAAGAAACAUCAAGUACUUGGACCCUACGAAAAUAGAAUCCUACACGUUUCUGGAUACCUCUGCCAAGAUGAUGCGUGUGACUUACGACAAGUUCACCGAACAGUGGCCUGCGUUCAAAAAGGUGAAGUUUGUUGUUGGCAAAGCUGAAGAUCUAUUGGAUCUUCAGGGAGACAAGCAAGUGAAAUAUGACACUAUCAUAGAAACUUUCGGACUGUGCUCUCACCAGGAUCCGGUGAAGGCCCUGCAGAAUAUGAUGAAAUUGCUCAAGCCUGGAGGAAGAAUAGUGCUCUUAGAGCACGGAAGGGGGUCGUACGACUUUAUUAACAAGCAGCUUGAUAGAAGGGCUCAUAAACAUUCGGAAACAUGGGGCUGUCGAUGGAAUCUCGACAUUGGAGAGUUGGUGGACGCGUCCGGGUUGGAGAUCACGCAGGAAAAACGAUCCCAUUUUGGCACCACGUGGACCAUUGUGGCCAAGAGGCCAGGAGACGUUCUAGAGUUUGAUGAGCUCAGUUUCUUGGAAAAAUACUUUAUUGCCAGGAAAACCAACCUCGAUUCUUCGCUGCCUGAAAAAUAG